CUGCGAAUGAGGAAAUAGCUCCGGACAGAUACACACAGGAGACAUGGCGUCCCUUUUCAAGAAGAAGACCGUGGACGAUAUAAUCAGGGAGCAGAAUAAGGAGUUAAGAGGUACUCAGAGGGCUAUAACCAGAGACCGGGCGGCCUUGGAGAAACAGGAAAAACAGCUGGAAAUGGAAAUAAAGAAGAUGGCAAAGGCGGGUAACAAAGAUGCCUGCAGAGUACUCGCCAAGCAGCUUGUACAGCUGCGUAAGCAAAAAACCCGCACAUAUGCCGUCAGUUCCAAAGUCACAUCGAUGUCAACCCAGACCAAAGUUAUGAGCUCCCAGAUGAAGAUGGCUGGCGCAAUGUCAACAACAGCAAAGACAAUGCAAGCAGUAAACAAAAAAAUGGACCCCCAGAAAACCCUCCAAACCAUGCAAAACUUCCAGAAAGAAAACAUGAAAAUGGAAAUGACAGAAGAAAUGAUAAACGAUACCCUGGAUGAUAUUUUCGAUGCAUCAGAUGAUGAAGAGGAAAGCCAAGACAUUGUGAACCAGGUGCUGGAUGAAAUCGGAAUUGAAAUCUCAGGAAAGAUGGCAAAAGCACCAUCCGCAGCCAAAGGUCUACCAUCUACGUCUGCCUCCAAAUCCUCAGGCAUCUCGGAUGAAGAGAUUGAGAGACAGCUGAAGGCACUGGGCGUGGAUUAACUCUUCCUAUUAUCAGGCCUUUCCCUUUGCUUCCGAUUGCUCCAAGGGAACCCGGGCAGCGCUACCUACAGAACUGGACAGUAUCUGCUUUCUAGAAGAGCAAUAUAUUUUUUAAAGAGAAGGAUUGAUGGAAGCACUGCAGUUUCUGUUCACUAAUGGACUUUUCCAGGGACAUGUAUAAUAAUAACUGUAAAUAGAGCAGUCAUUAACUGUAUAAAUACAUAAAAAACAAAAUCCCUGUAUUUUGUUUUUAAACGGUCAGUCUCCAUUUGACAUUUUUUGUCAUAAAUUUAUUAGGCAUGUACUUUUCAAUUUCAACCAAUAAACGAUGCAGCCUGUAAUACACCCAGUUAAUCAAAAGCAGAGUGUGUGUGCACAGAACAUUCUCUCUGUAUAGAGUGUGCGGGCACUGCUGUGGCACAGGUGCCAUACUGACAUUGGGAUAUCUGCUACAUUCUGCCAGUGUGAGGAAAUGGGAAUGUUUAGUGCACACAGUAUGGGCAAGCAUCCCUACAUGGGUGUUUCUCAGCUUCUCUAUACGGGCAAGCAUUCAUGCAGGGGUGUUUCUCAGCUUCUAUAUACGGGCAAGCAUCCCUACAUGGGUGUUUCUCAGCUUCUCUAUACGGGCAAGCAUUCAUGCAGGGGUGUUUCUCAGCUUCUCUAUACAUAUUCAAGGUACGGUGUGUUCAUAAACCUAUACACCUUGACUGUGCAUGAACAGAAGCCCCAUUUAAUAAGGGGAAACCCGGGUACUAAUGCCAAAAAUGGGCACACGUGUACUUACCCUUAGCUUUGCACUCAUAUUUUGCGGUUGUUUUGAGGUUUAAUCUUAUUAAUAAAUAGUGCUAGGUUUCCCUUUAAGCAGGGGUAUAUGCAUGGUAGCUUGGAUCAUUUUACUCACGUGUUCAUGCUGUGAGGAAGGUUUUGAAACUUCUGAAAAUGCAUAAUAUCGCCCAACAAUGCCCAACACUAUGUACAGGAACCUUUUGUCUAUCAUUUUGGAUUACCCACUGUUGUUUGUAUUGUUUCUCUGCUAUAAAGCCAUGUAAUAAUCAAGUCAACUGGGGAUCCUGGGCAACAGUGGGCAAUUGACAGGUAGCCUUAUGCUUCAUUCACCAACCUGUUGUAGUGCAGUGAUGACAUGUUAAUAUGACCCAAGCUGUGAAAUGCAGACUGGAAUGCACAGAAGCCUUAUUGGGGUAUAUACAACCAUGCUCUGGCCUCUCCCAGGAACCAACAGAUGGUGCUUGUAGUUACCCUUACGGAGCAGCUGGCCAAUCACAGCCCUGCUCCAUGGUGCAAUUUCAACUACUAUGUAUCUGACUAAUUCAAUCUGGUUUUACUAGUGAUGUCCGGUCUUUUGUUUGUUGAUGGUUUUUGUCAUUUUAUUUUAUUUUUUAUUCAUUUUCUGACCAUGUUGAUGUUUCAAACUUGGGAGGUGGAGGGUUUUAUAGCUCCAUUUGCUUUGUGCUGUGAACCUCUAAUUGUGUGCCUUUGUACAUUAAAGCCUUACCAUAACCA